AAUCCACCAAAAUUCCAGAUCUUUUUCAUCAAACAAAGAAACAAAUAAAACCUGUUGUCUAGCUAGAGCUCAGCUAUAUUGUAUUUGUGUCAUUUUCUCUCUGUUUUUUAAACCUUUACUUUCUAUAUUAGAGUCAAUAAUAAGUAUCAGUUUACAGGCAUAAAAGAGGUAAGGGCUAGGCAAUGGAGGUUAAGUGACUUGCCUAGGAUCUCACAGCCAGGAAGUGUUUGAGGCCAGAUUUAAACCCAGGACCUUCGGUCUCCAGGCCUGGUUUUCUAUCUACCCAACCACCUUGCUGCCCCUGAAUCUACUCUUUAAAAAGGGGAGAGUCCUUUCUAGUCAUAGGUUAGAGUCACAGCAUUUGACUAAAUAUGGCUUAAGAGAACCAAGGAUCUCCCUUUCCCUCCCGGGAAGAUGAAUGAAUUAUUUCUUUCCUCUUCAGCAGACCUGGACCCACAAUUUGGACAGAUGGUACAAUGAUGAAAUUCCAAAAAAGAAAUGUUUAGCUCUGUUGUCAGAAAGAACAUUGUGACAGGAAGAUUAAUGAAUAGGUAAGAUGAUUUUCCCAUUGAGGAGAAAAGGCCAUGGUCCUUCUGGGGCCUGGAAGCAAUUUGAUUAAAGAGCCCUAAGAAGUGACAAAACAACAUCUGAUGACUCUCUUCAGGUCCUCAGGAUUGUCUUGGGGUUGGUUCACGUUUCCGCCGUUUUGUAUAACUGGACCAGAACAACAAUCUGCCUUAGUUUCCUGAUCAAUAAAAUGGAGGAUAGCUCAGAUAAAUGAUCUGAACUGGUGAUUGUCCAUCUUCUGCCUUCUUUCUCCAAGUACCUUUGCAGUUUUUUGUGCAGCUCCUUCUUCUUUCUUGGAACAGGUACUAUUGACUUCUGCCCCGUUCAGAUUAGGGAGCAGGCGGCAUGUAUUUCCUGGUAGGUCCCUCUUCUCCUUCCGCUCUGGUCUAUAGACGUGAGAACUUCAGCUGGCUUAUAGAGGAUAGUUAUGGUGGUGGAGUUGGUCAGUGUGUUUGUUGCAAGGAGGAGUUGUUGACCAGCCUAAAAUAUCAGAGAAAUUGUCCAAGGAAAUUAGUUGUUUGGCUGUGAUGCCAAGGCAAAAAAAUCCCAGGCGAGAAAUUAAGAGUGAAUCAACGGCUGUAUGGAGACAAGCACAAGGCAGUAGCUGGAGCCAUGGAUGUCACCCCCAGGUGCUCUCCUCUCUUCAUUCUUUUUCUCUUUCUCUUCCCCUCUUCUCAGCUCAGCAAUCACUCUCUGUUGGACCGGCUGGGCUUGGGUCUGAACAAGCCAUGCAAAAGGUGGGACUGAAACUCUGAUGAUCUAACUUCUUUUUCUUGGUAACCCCUGCCUGGUUUUGUCCUCUGUCCAUCAGCAAAGGUGAAAGGCUAGCUCUUCAUAACAUGGAGCCUCCAUUAUUUCCCAACAUCUGGUUUGAUUCUGGGCAGAUAAAUAGCAGCCUUGCCAUGAACAACAAAAACUAAUUCAUUGUGGUUUGCUGAUCACUAAGUGCAAAUAUUUUUCCAUUUCAUUUUGGGGUCAUUGGAAGGGAAAAACAGGGUUGGGAGAGAGUUUAACCCUUUUAAAAAUGAUGAUUGCUUCCUAUAGAAAAUAAAAUAAAGGCAUUAUUUUCUUUCAUUCGGGAAGUUAUUUUUAUGAGACGAUGCUCACAUGACUAAUUCCGAAAGUUAAUAUUGUUUGGGGUUAGUCUGGAAAUCAGAAGAUGACUUUUAGAUUAUUCUAGCUUGCUUUCCAUUAAAAAGUUUUUAAAAUCCCUGCCUAAAUAAAUGCUCAUAAAAAGGCAUCUUGUUUCUCUCUGGGGUUACCUCGCCCACUCCUUCUAAGUCCUUUGUUUUUCUUUCUCUCUUUGCCUCCCUUUUCUCUGGCCCUUCUCUCCUUUUCUCCCCUGAAAUUCUGCCUAGACUUCACAGAAGGGAAAGGGGAAGGGCAAACCGGAAGCAUUGCAAUUAUAAGUAUUUUAGGAUAUGACCAUGGGUGUAUAAGCUGCUGAUUCCACUUAUUGAUGUUUGCAAGGCUGAAGUUUCUAUUUAGGUCACAUUCUCCAAGGCUAUUUACUGCCUCGGUUACAGCCAGACCUUCUGUUGUCUGGGGUUGUCUCAAUGCAUUAAAGAACCUCAGCUUUGCUUCAGGUCCUGUUCUGAAAUUAAGUUGUACAUUUUGGCAUUUGCUUAAAAAUAUUAUUAUUAAAAAGUGCUAAUAAUGGGGCCUGAAGUAGCAAUGAACUACUUUCUGAAUAGGCAGCUCUGGACCUGUCAAAUGGAAGACCCAAGUUCAAAUCCAGCUUCAGAUGUUCACUAGCUGUGUGACCCUGGGCAAGUCACUUAAUUCACAUUUGCCUAGCCCCUACUGCUCUUCUGUCUUGGAACCAAUACACAGUAUUGACUCUUAAGACAGAAAGUAAGGGUUUAAAAAAACAUUUUUAAAUAAAUGUUCAAGGUGAGAAAGCAAAAGAGAUGAAUCGCUAUUUUGUCAACUAUGGGUCUGCUUAUCUCAAGUCUUUCCUCACUCUAAUCCCUACUUCCACUAAAGUGAUUUUUGCUAAAGGAACUUUACUAAAGCAUUUUUCUAAUUAUAUUAUCUCCUCCACUCAUUAACCUCAAGUGGCUCCCUAUUGCCUCCAGGAUCAAAUUAGACAUCCUCCACAUGACAUUCAAAGCUCUUCAUAACCUAGACCCCUCCUACUUUUCCAGUCUCCUUAUACCUUGCUGCCCCCAAAACACUCUUCUAUGCAUUGACACUAGCCUUUGGGGUGUUCUGUGAACAAAACCCUCCAUAUUUGGGCUCCCAGCAUUCCCUGUGGCUGUUUCUCUUGCCUGGAAUGCUCUCUCUCCUCAAUUCUGCCUACUGUCUUCACUGACUUCCUUCAAGCUCUAACUAAAAUUCCAUCUUCUACUGGAGGCUUUUCCCAACCCCUUUCCAUUCUACUGCCUUCUCCCUGUAACUGAAUUCCCAUAUGUCCUGGAUCUAGCUUGUUUUCGUACAUUUGUUCUUGUCUCGUUGGAAUGUGAGCUCUUUUGUAGGCAGGAACGAUCUCUUACCUCUUCUUACAUCCCCAGUGCCUGGUUCAUAGUAUGCAUUUAAGAAAUGUUGACAGAUUGAUGGUCCAGACUUGAGAGAAUGAUCUAGAAAAUAUAAAUAUCACUAAGUAAACCUAAAAAUGUAUUCUGAGCCUAUUUCUCUUCAUCUUACCUCCCCCAACAGAUUGCUGACCAUUUUCACGGAUCUCUUUGGCAGUCUGAUGGUUCAAGACUCCUCAUAAUAAUGUUUUUAAAAGUAUAAAGUCGAAUACAUUAAAUCAGGACAGCUAAGUGGUGCAGUGGAUAGAAUGUCAGACCUAGAGUCAGGAAGACCUGAGUUCAAAUGUGGCCUCAGAAUUUACUAGCUAUGUGACCUUGGACAACUCACUUAACCCUGUUUGCCUCAGUUUCCUCAUCUGCGUGAGCUGGGGAAGGAAACAGCAAACCAUGCCAGUCUUAAAGUCAGACAUGACUCAACAAAAUAUAUAGGAUUACAGUGCUUGAUGAGGCACUUAAAAAAGAAAUUAUUUUGAAAAACAUUGAAAUGUAUAUUGGACAGUUGAAGGAUUCCUGAUUAAGAACUUCUAUUUUAAAGCGUUCCUUCUCUGCUUUUGCUGCAUUUCCUCUCUCCCUCCUUGAUCUGUUCUCCCUCAUUUUAUGCCAUGCAACUCCACUGUUGAAACCAAAAGGAAGUGCAAAGAUUAGUCCUUGACUUUAUAAAGGUUGAAGAGAUAAGAUAGUGAAAACUUCAAAACUUUGUGGUAUUUUGCUGUAUUUGUUGUAUUCCAUGUCAAGUGUUUUUGAGGAGAUUCAAGAAGCUGCUUAGUAAAUGUUUAUAAAGUCUUUUUUAAAGGAUGAUUAUAUUAUAUUCACUCUAAGGACCCUUGUUUUCAGUGCUAUCUGGAUUUUGUAUGACACAAAUCUUAGUGAAAAAAGAAUUACUUUAAUCCAGCAUUAAAACCUUGAAACAUGCCAAUUAAAAUUCGGUCAUGCCCCAGACUUUCACUGCCAGGGUAAAUAAAUAGCUAUGGACCUUAUUUUGUUGUUACUGUUGUUGUUGAUUUUUUAAAUCCAUAGUUUAAAUAAUUUAAAACCUUAAUUCAAACCCUUCCCUUUCCUAUUGAUUAGAAUCCACACCAUGUAUUGGUUCCAGGGCGGAGGAGAGGCAAUGGGGGUUAAGUGCCCAGGAUCACACAGCUAGGAAGUCUAGAUUUGAACCCAGGAACUUCUUGUCAUUUCCAGGUCUGGUUCCCUAUCCACUGGGCCACCUAGCUGCACCCCCAUGAGAUCGCUUUUUCGCAAUUGGGGGUUUUCAUUGGCCUACAGUCCCCAUCCAAAGUCGGCCCCUUGGGCUUGGGUCAGAUGGAUGGGGAUGAAUCUUGGGUAGUCAGCGGAAACCAGGGUUAUUUAUUUAUUCAAGCGCUGGACAGUUUGCAUUUUCUGUAGAACUGUCUUCGCUGGUGAGAUUCUGAUCCUUUUUGUAUCAUUCCGACCUUGCAGUCCAGGACCUAAAGCCAGAUCCAUCCGCCUCUUGGGCUAGCCAUUGGCUGGCAUAAAUAAAAAGGCUUUAAUGAGUGGCAGUGGCAAUGGUACCACAGCAAGUCUGGAGACAGGGUCAGGGAAGGAACGUGUUAAAAGAUCCUGGUGAUGGGAGUGUAAAAGCAGAGGGAUUACAGCUCACCACUCCUGAUUUGCCAUUCAACUGGACUGUGAAAAGAUUAGAAGGGCCAAGCAUUUGGACUGGACCAUUUACGGACCUAGCGGGGGAGUCCUGGAGGCUGUGCAGAUGUUCUAUCCCAAUUUAGGCUAUCUCUGUUCCCUGAAGGUUACCCUUCCUGACCCUGCAACCCCCCACCCUUCCUGCUCACUUAAGCAGCUCAGCUUUCACAUAUCCCUGGAACUCCGUAACUUCUAUGGAUAAAGGGGAGGGGGCGUGGGGGGCGUGAGAAGCCUGUUGGGCACUGGGAUACAUUCUUAAGAAGCCAAGCGGGGUGAUCAACCAUGUCUCUGGGAUGUUGCAUCCUGAAGAAUGCAGCAGUCUCAAACCUGGACGUGGAGAGUAAACUGAGUGUCUACUAUCGAGCCCCGUGGCACCAGCAGAGAAACAUUUUCCUUCCUGCAACCAGGCCCCCCUGUGUGGAGGAGCUGCACCGUCAGGCGAGGCAGAGUCUGCAAGCGCUGCGCAGAGAACAACGGAACCGUGGGGAUCGCGGAGAGCAGAGAGGGCCCGGCUCACUUUCUGUGGUGGCGCCCCCGCUUCCUUCUUUACCUUCCUCCUACAGUCGGAAGAGACUCGACCUUAAGGACAGGCACUUUAUAGCGCUUGACAGCACCCGCUCGUCCUCCCCCACCGAGUGUUGCCACAUGACCCCUUGGAGUAGAAAGUCCCAUCCCCCAGAGGACGAGGAGACAGAUGUCAUGUUAGGACAGAGGCCGAAAAAUCCAAUACAUAAUAUCCCUUCAACACUGGAUAAGCAAACCAACUGGAGCAAAGCACUACCUCUCCCAACACCAGAGGAAAAAAUGAAACAAGAUGCUCAAGUGAUUUCUUCCUGUAUUAUCCCCAUCAAUGUCACGGGAGUUGGUUUUGACAGAGAGGCCAGUAUACGCUGCUCUCUUGUUCAUUCACAAUCUGUACUACAGCGGAGACGAAAAUUGAGGAGGCGGAAAACCAUCUCUGGCAUCCCCAGAAGAGUGCAACAAGAAAUAGAUUCUGAUGAAUCGCCAGUGGCCAGGGAGCGGAAUGUGAUUGUGCAUGCAAAUCCAGACUUCUCCAGUAAUAUCAAUAGGAGGUCGGGCACCAGGGAUUCUGAAUGCCAAACUGAGGAGAUUCUCAUUGCUGCUCCAUCCAGAAGGAGAAUCAGAGCGCAGAGAGGACAGAGCAUUGUAGCUUCACUUUCUCAUUCUGCUGGCAACAUUUCGGUGUUGGCAGACAACGGCAACACCAUGUUUACUACUGCGGUGAGCAGCCGCAUUCGAUCACGGAGUCUUCCCCGUGAGGGUGCUAGAGGCAGUGAUGCUGAGCAUAACAUUGGUGCUAAAACCUCAGCCUAUGAAGAGGAGACGUUUAUGGACAACCAGGAAAGGAUACCAAACAAGAAUACCGAUGCCAUGAGCAGCCAAGGUUCACAGGAACACCAGCCCUCCUUGGGAUUAACCUGCUCUCAACACCUCCACAGCCCCCAGCACAAGUCAAAUGAAAGAGGGAGGUCAAGGUUGUCCAGGAUGGCUGAUUCCGGGAGCUGCGAAAUUUCAUCCAAUUCCGACACCUUUGGGAGCCCAAUUCACUCCAUCUCCACAGCUGGAGUUCUCCUUAGCAGCCACAUGGAUCAGAAGGAUGAUCACCAGUCAUCCAGUGGCAAUUGGAGUGGGAGCAGCUCCACAUGCCCCUCCCAAACCUCAGAAACCAUACCCCCUGCCGCUUCUCCUCCACUGACUGGCUCUUCACACUGUGACUCGGAGUUGUCAUUGAACAUAGCCCCUAACGCCAAUGAAGACUCGAGUGUCUUUGUGACAGAAAACUAUAACGACCAUCUGGAUAAAGUGCGGGGCCAUCGGGCAAGCUCCUUCACUUCCACGGUUGCAGACCUGCUCGAUGACCCCAACAACAGUAACACCAGUGACAGCGAGUGGAACUACCUGCAUCACCAUCAUGAUGCCUCAUGCCGCCAGGAUUUUAGCCCGGAGCAUCCCAAGGCAGACAGCUUGGGCUGCCCAAGCUUCACAAGUAUGGCCACUUACGAUAGCUUUCUAGAAAAAUCGCCAUCUGACAAAGCAGAUACUAGCUCUCAUUUUUCAGUGGAUACUGAGGGAUAUUACACCUCCAUGCACUUUGACUGUGGUCUCAAAGGUAAUAAGAGUUACAUGUGCCACUAUGCAGCCACAGGCCCUGACAGUGGCCAGGGCACUGGUGUUCCUCCCACCUUCUCAGACUGUACUUGGCAGGACUACCUGGACCACAGGAGGCAUGGAAGGCCAAGCAUCUCUUUCAAGAAACCAAAGGCAAAGCCAGCCCCACCAAAACGCAGUUCAUCUUUGAGGAAGUCUGAUGGAAGUGCUGACAUUCCUGAAAAGAAAGAACCAAAGAUAAGCAGUGGGCAGCACCUGCCUCACAGUUCCAGGGAAAUGAAAUUGCCCCUUGAGUUCUCUAACACCACGUCUCGAAUGGAAAGUAUUGCUUUAACCGGCAAACAGGAACAUUCCUGGAUGAACCAGAGUGACCAUGGAAUAAAGGAGCCUCAUUUGGACACUGGAGACAUUCCAUCAUUCAAAGAUGAAGGUGCUGAAUCAACUCAUUAUGCAGAUCUCUGGCUUCUAAAUGACUUGAAAACUAAUGAUCCUUAUAGGUCAUUAUCCAAUUCGAGCACUGCUACAGGUACCACUGUCAUUGAAUGCAUCAAAUCACCAGAGAGUUCAGAAUCGCAAACAUCCCAAUCUGAAUCUAGAGCCACUACUCCAUCCCUCCCUUCUGUCGACAAUGAGUUUAAAUUAGCUUCUCCAGAGAAGUUGGCGGGCUUAGCAUCGCCUUCGAGUGGCUACUCAAGCCAGUCUGAAACCCCAACCUCUUCUUUCCCCACAGCUUUCUUUUCUGGACCAUUGUCUCCUGGAGGUAGUAAGAGAAAGCCAAAAGUCCCGGAAAGGAAAUCCUCCCUUCAACACCCCUCUCCAAAAGAUGGAACUAUGUCUUUAAGCAAAGAUCUUGAACUUCCAAUUAUACCUCCUACCCAUCUUGACCUAAGUGCUCUUCAUAAUGUCUUGAACAAGCCCUAUCACAGUAGACAUCCAAUCCAUGCAUUUACUCAUUGUAAGCAGAAUUUGGUAGGAGAAACACUCAACACUAUUCCCCCACCAUCCCUUGCAAUUACACCAACAGUCCUGAAAUCUGUUAACCUUAGGUCAGUUAAUAAGUCUGAUGAAAUUAAACAAAAGGACGACGAUAACUCAGAGCUACCUUAUUUACAGGAAUCUACUAUCAUGGUGGCCACCUUGUCUCCAAGCAAAACAAGGCCACACGGAGCUAAGAAAUCAAUACCACGCCAAUAUUGCACAGAAGACAUCAUUUUGUCCUUUGUUGACUCAUCUCCAGUAGAGACAGGCCCUGAUAAAAUGCAUUUAGAAAAAAAUUCAAUAUCCAAUGUGAAGAAUCAUUCUGAUCAAGAAACUGUACCCGCAGCCAGUAACAAUCUUCUAGAGACUAAAGCCACAAAGGACCAAAUGACAAUAGUUAGGGAAUCUUUUCCAGAACCUGCACUAGGAAAAAACUGUGACGUAUCUGCAGAUGGGCUUCAGAGGGGUUCGAAUGGUAAAAUAACAGCAGCUCAAGGGUCUGGGCAAGAUGGCAAUACUGAGCAGGUACAGAAGACAUUUUCUGUAGACUGGGACAAUCUUGCACAAGCUGAAACUGGGGAUAAAACCUUGUCCUUGUCUCUGACUGAUUCACUAACCAGAGCAGCAACAGACAUGGAUAGCCAACUUAAGCAUCACCUUGUUAUGAGCCACCACCAUGACAAAGUGCCUGGGCAUAGUUGCUAUGAAUCAGAGCUAACAACUAUAAAUUCACUCAGUGAAAAGCAUUCUGAGCAAGAAAGUGAUUUUGCAUCAGGUAUUUCUACCAAAAGUGCCUCUGAUGACAGAAGGACAGAGGAGACCCGAGCAAGUACAGAGGAGGUGUCACUAAAAGAAUCUUCACCAAGUGAUGACUCCAUCAUUUCACCAUUUAGUGAGGACUCUCAGGCUGAUGACGAUGUUUUUGUGUCUCCAAACAAACCUCGAACAACUGAGGACCUCUUUGCAGUCAUUCACAGAUCAAAGAGGAAAGUGCUGGGCAGGAAAGAUUCCGGGGACAUCUCUGUACGAAAUAAAGCAAGAGCUUUUCCUGGCGGCAGCAGCAACAGCAGCGCUGCGGCCCCCAGCAACACCCUGUCACCCAGCGGCAAUGUGGCCACUCCAGCGAACAGCCAGAGAUCUCCCGGGCUGAUCUAUCGAAAUGCCAAGAAGUCCAACACAUCUAACGAGGAGUUUAAGCUGCUGCUUCUUAAAAAAGGCAGUCGGUCUGAUUCCAGCUACCGAAUGUCUGCCACAGAAAUCCUGAAGAGCCCCAUCUUGCCCAAAUCCCCCGGGGAGCUCCCCCUGGAUUCCCCUCCCAGCAUGGAGGAGCCUCCGCAGGCGUCGUCGGGGGCAGAAGCCUUGUCCCCGCUCUCGCCGUGCUCCCCAAGAGUUAACGCGGAAGGGUUUUCCGCCAAGAAUUUUCCCAUGUCGGCUUCGUCUCGGGUUGGACGUUCCCGGGCGCCCCCUGCGGCCAGCAGCAGCCGGUACAGUGUCCGCUGCAGGUUAUACAAUACCCCCAUGCAAGCCAUCUCCGAAGGAGAGACUGAGAACUCCGACGGCAGCCCUCAUGACGACAGGUCCUCCCAGAGUUCCACAUAGGGCCUCACUGUGAGCUAAGAAAGCCUCCUAAGCAGUGAGAGCUCUGGGCUGGCCCAAGGAGAGGCGAGGAGAACUCGGCUGCCAUGUGGGGAAGUCACAGUGCUUAAGCUCUGUCAUUCUUGGCUUAGUGUUGCGUUUUCUCGUAGGAACAUCCACUGUCUUCCACGCGCCCAUCUUUAGCUUCAUUGGCUUCGUCCAAAUCCCCUUCUUCUUUCAGCGUCAUUUUUAAAAAUCCAAUUUCCAUACAAAGUGCGGGGAAACUCUCUUGGCCGCCCUUCCUCACUGUUGUGCUUCCCUGGAGAGAGGUGAAAUGACUCUCCAGGACUGGUAUUUUUCUACUUUAAAAUGAACUGAAACACAGUUUAAAGAAAUGAACUAAACACAUGUAAAUACCAUAUUUUUGAUAAAAGAUGUAAAUAGAACUAUUAGAGAAGAGUGGACAGGUGGCAAAUGAUUGACUGCAUACUGUUCAGUGAAGCCGAAAGGAAUAAAAUGGCCUAACUGUAUUCUGUGAAUACCAUUUCCCUAUCAAACAUCAUGUGGAAGUGUCCGCCAGUAGGGCUUUCAGAAUGAGAAUCAAGCCUCACAUUUGAAUUGUGACCGUCUGGAAAAUAGGAAAAUGUCAAGGUUACUUGCUGAACCGUUCACUUCAACCUUACCAAUGGAAACUCACCAUCUUUCUUGUAAACUUCAGCACCAACCAGCUCAUAGCAAAGCAUAGCUGUGAUUUACCAUGUGGGUAACUGGGAAGAAUGGCAAGCAUGCUUUUAAGUUUUUUCAACAAAGAACCGAAGUCAUCAUUCUCAAUGCAAAGCCCUAAACAAAAGCAUUUGACAGUGUCCUUUAGCCAUUUGUUUUUCAAUGAAUUGCUUUAAUAAAAAUGAGCAGGGGGAAUAGAAAUCCAUUUUUGUGUUAUGUUUUAUAUUAGGCUACUGAAGUACAAAGAAUCCGAAUCUAAUGACUAGAAUAUUUAAACAUUUUAGAAAAUUAGUUCCAAGUUCUUAAACUAACAAUAUAUUUUUUUAAAAAUAUAAGCAUGCAAUGGAGCUGUUGAUUUAUCAGUAAGUAUCUGCAAUGAGUUUUCAGUGAAGCUUUCUCUUUGUGCUGAUGACAUUCAUGCUACCUAAAUAUUAACAGAAAUGACACUGUGAAAAAUGUAGCUGGGAUAUAGGUAUGUAUAUGCAUUAUUUAUAUUCAUUGUUAAACUGGGAAUGGGGGAAAGCUCUGGUUCACAAUGCAACAUACGACUUUGUCUGGUUUUACUAUUACUGCUUGGUGGGGUAAAGGGAGGGUGGUGGGUGGGAAUAGAAAUCUGUCAGAGUACAUUUUCUGAUAAAAAUGAAGGCAGGGAAACAAGCUGAAUUACUUGAAAUUACUUGAAUUUUCUUGUCUUAAAACUGAAAGAAAUAGAGGUAGGAGUUGAAAUCCACAAAUGGAUGUACACCUCUGAUUUUAACAUUAACUGCAACUAAUGUUUGAGAUGAUUUGUCAGAUAUGUAAGUGGUUACUAUUACUUAGAAUCUGCUUUGGAAUGCGAGAAGGUAUAGUGCAGAGGAUUGGUUGAGAAGGAACAUGGCCUGUAACAGCACAGAAUGAGAUUAGAAUGAUAGAAAAAGAAUAGGGGCACAAAGAAAUCUUACAUAAGUAGCUGGCUUUAAGCUUAAGUAAGUGGUGAUUGGGGAAGUAGGGUGUGUGAAAGGGGUUUUAUUACUUUGGUUCAAUUCAUGCAAUGCAUAGGAAAGAGAGUGUCAAAGAUGAAAAGUAAGAUUGUCAAAAAGGAAGUUCAUCUAAAAGGCUAGAGAUUUGUUAGAAGAAGUUAGGAGACUAGGCACGUUGGCUUGUGUUGUGCCUUUUUUUAUUUUUUCUGGAAAGAAGGAACCUUGAUCUCAUCUACUACUGUCCAUUACCAAAGUGUGUUUUAGAGUUUCUUGCCAACCUUGUAUGAAGAACGAUUAUGCAGUUGUAUGUACACAUGUGUAUAUACACAUCCUUGAAAAAGAAAAAAUAAUUGGUGAAAGAUAUCAAUGGGACAGUAGCUGCAAAGUGUUCAAAUUUACACUAAAAGGAGAAGUGAGUUGAGGUUUGAAAGUGGACCCUUAUCACUCAUACAGAUAUACUAAUUAAGAAAAGCAGCCUGGUCUGAUACCAUAUUGGGGAUAGGAAUGAAUUAGUGGGAUAUUCUGAAAAGUACACAGUUGGCACAAAUUUAAAAAAGUGUUUUCAGAUAAAUGUGACAGGGUGACUGGACCAUCAUAUCCAGUCACAUUAGGACAUUUUUUAUAAGAUUUUUAAUAGAAGUUCUUUUACAGCAUGGUUCUUUAGCCUGAAGAAAAAUGCAUUGUGUGUGCUUUAAAAGUAAUUCUAAAACAUACCCUGAAUAGGAAACAUCAGAAUUGGCUUUAAUAAAAUGUCACCUUUUUUAUUACUGAUAUGAAUUUAAUUGAUAACGGUAUCGUAUAUUUUAAAACAAAUAUAUUGACUUGAAUUGUGAGGCAAUAAGAUAUCUUCUAUAUGUAAUGAUCACAGAACACUUAUAAUUAUAGUUUUACUUAUUUUGUUUAAUCUAAAGAUCUAUGACAAAGUUUCUCUAUUUUAUAUUUCAUAGAUUUAAAAGCCCAAAUAGAUAUGGAUUGUGAAUCCAUUAUAGAAAAGAAUAUUCAGUAUAAAAAUAAAUGAGAGAAAUAAAAAAACCCAGGAAAUCUUAGUGAUAUGGAACAUUUUACAUGGCUUUAAAGCACUCAAGACAAAGUUUGAGAACUGACUUAAACAUCACUGCCAUUUUGAAGCAGGGUACAUGCAUUAGGUAAUGGGAGAAACAUCAUUCCAAACUUUUGUUCUGUUGUUUGCACUGAUGUUAUUAAAAUGAUUUUGAAGUUUAUGCAACUGUUUCUGUAUUCUGUUAAAAAAAAAAAACAACCAAACCUCUCCCUCUUUCUUAGUUUUGAUUUUGCUUUUUUGUUUGUUUCUGUUUUUUACUGAAUCGAGGACAUGGAAUAGUUUUAGCAUAUAAAGCAUCCUGCAUGUUUGCUUUUGCCAAAGGUCAGUGAUUGAGUGCAUUUGCUGCAAUGGUGGCAGACUUAGAGAAAUAGGUUAUGACUUAAAGAUUUAAAACAAUUAAGAAGGUUACAGUGUAACUAUUUUGGUACUAGAACCAGUUCGUGCUGGCAGAAAAGACAAUGGUUUAUGGACUUGCAUCCAUUUUGUAUUUUUGUAACAUUUGUAAAUAUAAACUUUUUAAAUUGUUGCAAAGAUGGUUUCUUUUGUAAAAUGUUUUCAAAGUUUACAUUCAAUCCAAGCCUUUGUAUAUUUUAGAGCUGUGCAACACUUUAAGUCUUGUAUUUAUUUUUAGUAAAAACGGUGACAGUUUCAUUGUGAACCCCUCUCAAAAAAAUGUCAGAGAAGUUUGAUUACCUAGAAAGUGUGUAUAGAAACUGCAAAUAAACGUGACUGCAAUUCGA